UCCUCUCUUUUUUUUCUUUUUUUUAAUCUCUCUCUCUCUCUCUCUCUCUCUCUCCCUCUCUCUCUCUCUUUUCUUUUUUCUUUUCCUUCUCUAUGCGUCGAAUAAAUUCUUAGGAGGCUUCCUCUUUCAAAGGAGUGUGGUGGAAGAGAGAGAGAGAGAGACAAGGCUUUUUGGCUCGUCUCUUUGUUAGAGCUUCUCCAUUUCUCUGAGGCUUUUUAUUAAUCUCGACCUCGGGAGAAUUUGGGGGAGGAGAAUGGUGAUUCGGGAUUCGGAGAGGAAUCUCUGAGGCCCUUUUAUGGCUUUUUUUGAUCGGAUUUCGAGGCUAAAAGAAUCUCUUCUUUUCCUGUUUCCUGAUGCGUGCGUUUGAGAGCGGGAGGGGUUUUCGAUCGAUGGGUCGCCUUUGUUGGGUAAUUUGUGGGUGUCGAUUUGGUGGGGAGGAGACGAAGAUGCCGAUUUGAGUUUGUUAGGGCAAAUUGGGCAUGCACUUUAAUGGAGGACUCGUUCUUUUUGGGCAGUUGGAGUUGAUGCUGUUUUAGUUGGGGGAGGUGGAACACUCCAUUGUUUCCAUACUUGGAAGGUGUUAAAGGGCUCUUCAAAAAGGGUUCUUUAUGGGUUUGUGGUGACGUGCACGACUUGAGAAUUGGGAGAUUUUAAUCAUUUCGAUGUUAGGUUUGUCCAAUACAUCAACUGGGAAAUUGAUGACAAAUCGCAGAUCACCCUUUGUUUUGCCCAAAUUAUCUUGUUUACUUGUGAAAUUCGUUGGAAUUUUCGUCUGUGCAGAGGGAAAUGAUAAUUAUUAAGCUUUUGAUUACCAGGAUCCCUCUUUAGGUGUUAAAAGAGGCUGUGAGAUUACAGUAUUGAUUCGUAAUGGAGAGUUUAGGUGAUUUUGAAGACUCCCUCUUCUACAAUUCAGAUGUAGAAGAGGAAUUCCGAAGCUGCUGCGCCGAAGACGAGGAGUGGCAGGACACAGAGGAAUCGUUAGCCGAAGGCGCGAAAGAGGAUCUCGAUGAGUUCUCACUGCGAUUGUUCUUUAAAGGCGUUUCGCUCUCGGAAGAAAAUGGGGUUAGGGUUUCAGGAAUUGGAGUGGUUAUGGAGAGAACUUUAGGGAUUCCUAUACUUAAAGUGCAAAAGAAGUUGGAUUUUUUUGUGGAGGUGUUGGUGGCCGAGCACUUGGCUUUAAUGGAUGGCCUGCUUGUAGCUUUGCAGCAUGGAAUUCAGAAAGUCUACGCGUUUACCGAUUCAAAGAAGCUAUAUUCUCAGAUUGCAGAAACACAAAUUCUUGAAGACCAACUUUUGGUAGCUCUAGGGCACAGGAUUUUAGAACUUGCCGAUAAAUUAGAGGACUUUGAUCUAACACUGGUUCCUAGCUAUGAGCUCGAGAGACCUUUGCUUUUGGCGCAAGAAGCAAUUGGCAUAAAGAACCUGCCUUCUGACAGAAGUGGCUUGGGCGGAACCUGCCCUAUUUGUUGCGAGGAGCAGCAUAGCUCACAAAUGAUAACACUAAACUGUUCCCACAAGUUUUGCUCUGAUUGCAUGGUUAUGUAUGUAGAAGGAAAAUUACGCUCCUCGCAGCUUCCUAUAAGAUGCCCCCAAGUAAGAUGCAAGUACCACAUUUCAGCCAGCGAGUGCAAGUCUGUUCUUCCGCUUACUAGCUGUGAGUCUUUAGAGAGAGCUAUAAUGGAAGUUGGGGCUCUAAACAUGGAAAGUUUAUAUUGUCCAUAUUCAAAUUGCUCAGCUUUGGUAAACCCAAGUCAGCAAUUGUCAUCUAGAGCGAGCUCAUCGAGUCAGUCUGAUAAUAAUCGUGUUGAAUGCCCAGAGUGUCACAGAGAUAUUUGCCUCAGCUGUGGCGUACCAUGGCAUUACUUGAUCACUUGUGAUGAGUAUCAAAACCUACCAAUAGUAGAGAGAGAUGAAGGGGAUAUAUCUUUGCAUCGGUUGGCACAAAAUAAUAGGUGGAGGCGAUGUCAGCAGUGCAGGCGAAUGAUUGAGCUCACACAAGGCUGCCACCACAUGACUUGCUGGUGCGGGCAUGAGUUCUGCUACUCCUGCGGGGCUGAAUAUCGGGAUGGAGUCCAGACUUGCCAAUGCGCAUUCUGGGGUGAAAACAACCUCAACCUCGAACCCUCGGCGCCACCCUCAAAUCAAGAAACAGAAAUGUGGACAUGGGGCUGUUUCGAUCCCAUGCCAACUGCUUUCGAGGGCUAUACUGAGCAGGAAAGGGCACAGCUGGCUCUUAUACAGAGAUUCCUCGAAGGAGGGUUCAGCCUUAGUGAUCAUCCUUACCAAUCACCUCCUCGAUGCUCAGACUCGUAUAUUGAUACGAUGAAGGACCUGCACCAGUUACCUUGGCUCGAGAGGUUUGUGUCGGUGAUCAGUGAUAGUUAUAAUGAAGAUUUCAUCCAGUGACAAGAAAAGAAUGAUGGGAAUUGAGAAUAUAUCCAUAUUUGUUUAAUAAGUUGCUGGCUUUUUUUUCUCAGCAUAGUUUUACAAAUGAUGCGGUAACUAUUGCGACUUCAUCCAUAUAGCUUGCUUCAAAUGAAUCCUUAUUUAGUUUUUGUGUAUUUUUCUUUGUUAUGGAUGAGUUUCUUUCUGAGGUGAUACCAAUAUUCUUGGAGAUGAAAAA